ACAGAAAUGCGCACGGCGCUUUGGUUUGAAGAGAAUACGCCAUAUUGAUUCACAGUAGACUUCUGCUAACCGUUUUCAGUUAGCGGUUUGAAAAGAACCUGGACUACUCUUCUCAAUGGUCCUCGUUCGGUUUGGCGUUAGCACUUCUCUAUGUCUUUGUAACCCGGUUUACUAGCUCAUUUAUUUUGUCGGAACAGUCGUACAUUUUAACGGUCUCAUUGACUUGCUUGAAGUGGGUUCAGAAAAAAGAAGUUGAAUGGAUCCGAGGGUGGCUUGGAUUCAGCCCGAGCAGAAAGGACCUGCAAACGCAUUGUGGAUGCAAGUCUGGGAGACAUCUCAGAUACGAGCAAACUCCGGUCAGCAUCUUCAUAAUAAUCAGAACCACAACCUGCAUUUGAAUUCUCCAGCAUUGGACGUUUAUAAACAUGUUGCGGCAAAGGGCAAUAGCAUGUGCACCAACACCACCGCUGGUCUGAGCAGCAGCAGCCAUCACGGUAUUUCAAAAGGCACUACUUCUAACCACGGCACUGCGUUCUCCUCCUUCGGGGUAACGUUACCGAACGGCACCGUACAGAACUCAUUGACCCCGUCCAACGCUUACGGGGUAACGACAGAUUUGGGAGACAGUAAAAUGCCCCAAAAGACGGGAUCUAUCUCGUCCUUGUCUUCGGUGGAAUCUAUAACGGACAGUAUAUCUUCAAACCGCUCUUUGGGAAGGAUUAGUGGUGGCAAUGUAACUGGAAAUAUGAAUAAAAACGCUGGCAGUGUCAAUCUGUUAUUUAACUUCAGUGAAAGCAUGCAUAAUAAUGUCAACCAAUACCACCAUCAAAGGCACCAUCAGCAUCAACCUCAGUACAAUUUCCAACAGAAUUGUGUGAAGCGUCACCCGACUCACCCGCCUGCACCCCUAAAUAACCACACUCACCAUCCAGGCCGAAGGAAAAGUGACAACAAGGCGAGCACCUAUGGGAUGAAUUACCUUCUUUCUAACUAUGGAAACUAUGUUAGUUCGGGGACUGGGACGCCUUGGAAGACGAGGAAAUACAGCCCCGGUGUUGAUGGUCUCCAUGAGGAGGUGGUGGACUUCUACAACUUCAUGUCUCCCCGACCGGAGGAGGCUGCUAUGAGGAAGGAGGUGGUCGACAGGAUCGAGACUGUCAUCAAGGAGCUGUGGCCUACUGCUGACGUGCAGAUAUUUGGCAGCUUCAGCACUGGACUCUACCUACCUACAAGUGACAUAGACCUGGUGGUGUUUGGGAAGUGGGAAUGCCCACCGUUGCAGCAGUUGGAACAGGCCCUCCGGAAACACAACGUGGCGGAACCUUUCUCCAUCAAAGUGCUGGACAAAGCUACAGUGCCAAUCAUCAAGCUGACUGACCAGGAGACUGAAGUCAAAGUGGACAUCAGCUUCAAUGUGGAGACUGGAGUCAAAGCUGCUUUCUUUAUCAAGGACUACACUCGGAGGUAUCCCGUGCUGCCUUACAUGAUCUUUGUGCUGAAGCAGUUUCUGCUCCAGAGAGAUCUCAAUGAGGUGUUCACCGGAGGAAUCAGCUCUUACAGCCUCAUCCUGAUGGUCAUCAGCUUCCUCCAGCUCCACCCAAGGAUUGAUGCCAGCAACCCCAACAUCAACCUUGGCAUUCUGCUGAUUGAGUUCUUUGAGCUUUAUGGGCGCCAUUUUAACUACCUGAAGACAGGCAUCCGCGUCAAGAACGGAGGGGCCUACAUGGCCAAGGAGGAUAUGAUGAAGGUUAUGAACAAUGGUUACAGGCCCUCCAUGCUCUGUAUAGAGGACCCACUGAUGCCAGGUAACGACGUUGGCAGGAGUUCGUACGGAGCCAUGCAAGUCCAGCAGGUUUUUGACUACGCUUACAUCGUCCUCUGUCACGCCAUGUCACCGCUAGCACGCUCCUACCCAAACAAGGACAUUGACAGCGCUUUGGGUAGGAUAAUCAAGGUGACACAGGAAGUGAUUGACUACAGGGAGUGGAUCAUGACGAAGUGGGGAGGAAGGCACCUCGCCCGCAUGGAGAGCCAGGGUUCCCUCCUGGAUCAGGACCCAGCAGGGUGUGUGUUGGGUGUAGGUGUGGAGGAGCAAAGGGAUUCUGUGUCCCCUCACAGUGCAGACUCUCCCAUGUCCCUYUCCAGUCCUCACCAACACUCCUCAGCCUCCUCUGUCUCCUCACUGUCUGGGUCAGACAACGACUCUGAUUCGACACCCCCGGCGCUGCCCGUCUACCCCUUUCAGGCUUUGGGUAUGACUCUACCCCUGGGCCUGGCACUGGGCAAGGCUGGCAUCAACCAGCACCACCUCAUCAUGUCCCCUGGCUCACAGGUACAGAACCUAGCAUCUACUGACCUUUAUGUGUUUUCAGAGAUGGGAGAGUUUAACCUGUCAAGAUUUUCUGGGAGUGGAAGUUUAAAGGAAGACUCCGCAAUGCACAAAGUCAACACAAUAUCGGGCCCAUUUCCACAACUAAGAGCGUUGAAGUGCAAGGCAAAACGUCUCUGCUGUUUUGGUCCCGUAGUUGCCACGUACCAGGGUGAAGCGCAUCCGUGCAUAUCCACAGAUACAGUUGAAGUCAGAAAACUUCCGAAUUCAACUGUACCAUGA